UGGGAGUUUAAACCGCCAUUUUGUGCCGGGCGGCAGGAUAUCGAUCGUCGCUCCCUACCGGGCGUGCGGGCGGCGGGGUGUGGUGAGGCAGCGGGCGCCCGGCGGUGGCCGAGCUGCGGCCGGCGCCUCUCCUCUCCUCAGCCCCGCUCGCGGCGCCUCUCCCCACCCCGUCCCUCUGCCUCCAUGACCCGUUGUAGGAAGCAGGCGGCGCUGGAGAGAGGAGCCGGGACGAUGAACCAAGAGGCAGAGAGCGCCGCGGCAGCGGCCGCCGGAGCCCGGGAGGUGGCGGGGGCAGCGGCAGCUGGCGGCGAAGCGGCGCCUGCCGCCUGGGGGCUGGAAGGGGAGACGGAGAAAGUUGUGUACUCGCGCUCGCAGAUCUCCUUCGCCGGCACUAAGGCGCUGGGCGACGCCCUCAAGCUCUUCAUGCCCAAGUCCACGGAGUUCAUGAGCUCCGACUCGGAGCUGUGGAACUUCCUCUGCAGCCUCAAGCACGAGUUCUCCCCGGUCAUCCUCCGCAGCAAGGACGUCUACGGAUAUGCCUCCUGCCGCGCCGUCGUGCCCGACCCGCCGCCGCCCUCGGCGGAGCGGCCACGCCGCCGCUCCGGUAAGCGGCGCCUCCUGGCCGCCGCCUCCAAGCGCCGAGCCGCGGCGGCGGGCGGCAGCGCCAAGCGGCGGAGACGGCGGCGGCGGCGCAGGAGGGGACGGGAGAGGCAGCGGCAAGCGGCCGCGGCACCGGCUGCCGACGGCCCCAGCGGCGGGGGGGAGGCGGAGGAGGCGGCGGCGGCGGGGCCGCCGGGCGAGGAGGCGGACGGCGAGCGGGGCAGCCCGGAGGACGGGGCCGCCUGGGAGUCCUUUGGCGGCAAGUCCUUGGAGGAGAUCUGGAAGGCGGCCACCCCCAGCCUCACCACCUUCCCCACCAUCAGGGUGCGGGGCAGCGUCUGGAGCCGGCGGAGCCUGGCGGCGGUGCGGUGCCGGGCGCAGCGGGUCCUCGGCGUGGACCUGUCGCCGGUGGUGCGGGUGCGCCGCCUCCCCGUGGUGCCGUCCUGAGGCGGCGGCGGGUGCGGGAAGGCCGGCGCCUCACCUCCGCCGCGGUGCGGACAGAGAGACCAAUAUCAGUCACCUGUUUACAUUGCUUUUGUCUGGAUCGUGUUCUGCUGCUGCACUUUAUCGCUCGGCCGGACCCCCAGCCGCACGGGGGGCGGCCUGCCGGGCCGCCGCGCAACCGGGGCCCCCGGCCUCCGCCGCGUCCCGUUCUGUCCCGUCCCCGCAGGGUCGUGGGGGACCGUCCGGCAGGUAUCACGCGUGGGGACCAAGUUCCACUUCCACUUUUUUUCUCUCCCAUUGGGCUACCUCACUGGUCCAGAAAUCCACCCAAGAAGUUGCUUUCCAAAGGAACUUAUUUUCAUGCUUGUAAAAUAAAGCACCAUCUGAUUCUUGCUAUCCCCCCUGCCCCCUUUCCGAUGGAUUAUGUAUGCUUUGUGGUGUUGCACUAGUAUGUGCUCAGGGUAUUUUGAAUCCCAAGCAUUCCCAAGUUUCAGUUUACUCUGAUCAAGGAUGCGUAAAGAAUGGAGGUUCAGGACUUGUGGCUGUUCUUGAUGGUGCAAAAACUUUUCUUUUAACUUCAUGGGCUUAGUGAUAUAUAAAGAUGUAUCGCGCAGUAUAAUUGUUACACUUUUGUAUCUAAAGUCAUUUUUAAAGUUUUCUAGUCGAACUAAGUAUCUGUUUCUACUGAGCACCUAAAGAUAGAAUCAUCCUGAUAUUUUAUAACCCUGUUUACUUUAGGGACGCUCGUUCGGUUAACCUAAGUGAACUUAAUAAAAGUCAAAGAACAAGUGGUGUUUCAGUUCAAUGAAACUGCACAGGGAUGUGUUCCUCAGUGAAGUAUACUAUCUAGGCGCUUAAGUAAACAAGCUUAGAGUUUGUGAAGACUGUAGCUGCUCAUCAAAGCAAUGUAUAGGUGUCUGAGGGUGAGCUGUAAUACAGUGUUGGCGCUGACAGCCAAAAGUCAGUAGCUUGUGUGAUGCAGAUAUCACACUGAAGUGCCUCUCUGCAAAAAGAGCAAGACUUGAUACCUGAUCACUUCAUAACAAAAUAGUGCUGGUUGUUAUUCCGCGGUUGUGAGAUGAUUAAUGAUGGGUAAUUGUAUUUAACAUAAUUACCUGCACGUAAUUAUUUUUUAUAAACCUCUCUUGUGUUUCACAGUAGACUCUGCUGUAAAGUUCACGAUGUAGCUUGACUAUUUUGACUGAAAAAUACUGUGUUGUCAUUCUAUAUGAUAAGCAGUCUCUCUUUAAACUGAUUUAUCAAGGGCUUGCUUUAGGUCUUAUGCCUUGCAGUUGGUGUGUGAGGAGCAAAUGUGUGAGGGAGAAAGUGAUUUUUAAUUAUUUUUAAAUGCUUGGUGGAGGAAAAAGGAAUGCUUGGUAAUAGACAUUUUAUGUCCCUAGUAUCCUGGCAAAUGAGACAAAUGUACCCAUUUCUGUGGUGGAAUGAAUGACUUCACAACUUUUUUAUAGAAUGUUUUGGUGACUCUUAAAAUUUCUUUUCUGAUGGCUGUCGACUCCUGUCAACAGAGGCAAUAAGACGGCUUGAUGUGCAGAGGCUGCUUGUAAAAACUUGCUGUUGCUAACCUAAAGCAACCAGCUACUUCUAAAACCUGUUUAUAUUUUGUAGUUCUUACUUAGCAAAGCUGCAAAGUUCUUAUUCUUCCAAAUGAACAUGUAAUCUAUUCUGUAUCCAUCAGGCUUUUGAAAUUGUUUAUAUAACUAUAGUCUGCCAGCUGACCACUGUGAUAGUGCCACAUCAUGUUUCAGAUGUGAAUUAGGAAAUGAAAGUUCAAGGGUGCAUAUUGUUGUGCUAUUUCUCUGGCUGUAAUACCUGUUUAAAUGUAAAGGUGAAAUUGUGUUGAUUUAAAUCUCAAUAAGACAAGCUGCAGUGACCAAAUGCCAAGGCUCCAAGUGUUUCAGUUCUGAUGUUCCACUUCAGAAACGCAAGUUAAGAGUAUUACUAGUUCUUGAGAGUGUCUAGUUGAUUUUGGUGCUCCUACUGUUGAGUUUUUUAAGCAUUCUUUGUGAAAGAUCUGUGUAGAAAGAUGAUAAAAUCUAAGCAGUUGU